AAUGAAGAAAAAAGAAAAAAAGUCGUCAAUACACAACUGUAGUUAUAGGAACGGGCUGACCUUGAUAAAUGUAUUAACCAAUCAGAGUGAAGUAUUCUUGUUUUUUAUACAUUGAGUCAUUGAUUAAAACAAAUUAUAUAUAUAUAUAUAUAUAUCUGGAUAUGUCGUACAAUAUUUAAAAUAUGGUAUCUAUUUGAUAAUUUACAUAUUGUAUAAUGUCUAUCACACAUGAAAAUUUAGAUUAUUCAGGAAAUUGUAAUGAUUAUAAUAAUGAUGAUGAUCGAGAUCAUGAUCAUGUACAUGAUCAUAAUGAUCAUAUAGAAAGAAAUAAUUUAAUCAAUGGAUAUACUACUGAUGAAAUUAAUUAUGAACAAAUGAAAAAAUGUUAUAAUUCAACUAAUCAUUUAUAUAAUAUGGAACCAGAAUUAAUUGGAUUUGUACAAAAACAUAAUGUAGUUAUGGAUGAUGGAGCAGUUAUUAAUAAAAUGGCAUUAUUAAAACAAACUAUAUUAAAUAAAAAAAAUCAAAAGAGAUUUCAACCACCGAAAGGUUUAAGUAUGAAAAUGUUUAUUAUUUUAAUCAUUUUAACUAUUGUAUUAAUACCAUUAAUUAUAAUUGGAAUAAUUAUUGGAAUUAUUUAUAUAUAUAAAACAAAUAUACCAAAUUUACCAUAUGCAUUACCAUGGUGGCGUCGUUCAUUAAUAUAUCAAAUAAAUAUUGAAACAUGGGCAAAUGAUGUACAAGGACCUAUUGGUCGAUUACAAGAUAUAAUACCACGUAUAGAUUAUUUAGUGAAUCAAGUUGGUGUUACAAGUAUAUUACUUACAAAUUUAUUAAAUUCUGAUAAUAAUGGUAUUAUUGAUUGGGAAACAAUUAAUCAAUCGAUUGAUCCAACUGAAGAAGGAUUUAAUCAUUAUUUACCACAAAUAAUAAAAAAAUCGAAACAACAAAAAAUCUCCAUUUUAAUUGGUUUAUCAAUUUAUACAACAAGUAAUAGACAUGAAUGGUUUCAUUUAAGUCAAUCAAGUAAUAAUAAUAAUAAUGUUUAUAGUACAUUUUAUAUAUGGACUAAUAAUGAACCUUUAACUGAUCAGCAAAAACGACAUUAUGCCUAUGAUUCUAUUCGUCGUGCAUACUAUCGACAUGUACAUGGUAAUCCAAAUAGUCCAUUAUUGAAUUUAAGUAAUCCUAAUGUACAAGUGAAAAUGAUUGAAGUUAUUAAAUUUUGGAAACAAAAACUUGAAAUUAAAGGUGUUAUGAUAAUGAAUUCAAGUAAUUUACUUGAAGAAAUGGUUCCCGGUAUUAGAAAAAUUUUAAACACAGACACUGAUGAUGAAUUCAUAUGGUUUGCUGAUGAACCAAAAAUUGAUGCCAUGGUAAAUAUGGAACAGAAAGUUUGUUUACAUACACUUACAAUAAAUAUUCGUGUACCAACAAGAAGUGAUGACAUAGAUUCACAAAUUCGACAAGCUAUGAAUAAUACACAAUUAAGAAAAUGUAGUCCAAUCUGGUUAGUUCAUCAAUUAAGUGAAGAUAAUAAAGAUUUUGAAACUAUUCAAAAAUUAGCAUAUUUUCUACCAGGUAGUUAUUUAAUGUUAGCUGGACAAGAAGUUGAUUUGGUAAGUCAAUGGUUUGUUUGUUUUUUUGACUUUAUAGGGAAUAGAAUUGUCACCUAUUUUUCAUAGUUGAGAUUAUGAGUCAAUUGAAGUUAGACCAC